CCGGAUUUAAUACCGGGCAGAUAACCGUAUCAACAUAUGAGGUAAAAGUACAUAAAAAAAGCUGAGUUAAAGCGAAGUGUUAAGAAAGGUGAAGCACUAGAGCGACAUGAGGAAAAACCUCUCGAUUGUGAUCAAUUUUCUCUGUUUGGGGAGUCUGCUGACCACUCUUACCUGGUACGCGUUUGAGGACAGUUUUGCCGAGCUUCACCGACCAAAUCCUCAAAGAAGUGCCCCAAAGCCCUCUGAACUUUGUAAAGGCUGCAAGGAAGUCAUUGAUGAAGUGAAAAAGCUCUACAAUCCAACGUGGAAAAAGCAUGAGGAGAAUUACCACAGAUUCAGAUUACAGCUGAGCAUCAAUUGCAAUGGAUCCAACAAUGGCAUCGUCACUCAGGAAAACACUCCAGUGGGAUCUAAGAUUGUUUGUGACAAGGACAGGAGUGUCAUCUCUGUGACCCCGGAGCUUUUCAAAAUCUUUAUAAAAGAGAAUCCUUUCUCAAAAAAGAGAUGGGACACUUGUUCAAUUGUUGGGAGCGGUGGGAUUCUAACAAACAGCGGCUGUGGAAAAAUGAUUGAUUCAGCUGAUUUUGUUAUUAGGUGCAACCUUCCUCCUCUGGAAAAUGAAUUUCACAAUGAUGUCGGCAGGAAGACUAACCUUGUGACAGCAAACCCAAGCAUCUUCAUGCAUAAGUAUGGGUCACUGACGGGACGUCGUGGGGCGUUUGCAGACAGUCUCCAACAGUAUGGCAACUCCCUGCUUCUCUUUCCUUGCUUCUCCUAUGGUGGUACUCGCCCAGCGUGUCAGCGGGCUGUGUAUGCCAUUGAGGACAUGGAUAUCCCUAUCCAACCAAUCUUCAUAAACCCUAGGUAUCUCGAAAGACUGGUCAUAUUCUGGGAAUCUCUGGGGUUAAAGGAAUAUCGACCUAGCACUGGAUUAUAUAUGACUACCCUGGCACUGGAAUUUUGUGAAACGGUGCAUUUGUAUGGAUUCUGGCCAUUUAGUAAUCACCCAGAUAAACUCUUUCCCCUGACUAACCACUACUAUGAUAAUGUACCCUAUAAUAGGAAAGUCCAUGCAAUGCCAAAUGAGUUUUCCCACUGGGUGGAGCUGCAUAAUAAGGGCGUGCUCAAGCUUCACCUUGGAGACUGUAAAUCAGAUCAGGUCUAGUUUGAAUUUUGCAAUAACAAAAGAAUAUGUUCAAGUAUCCAACUGAGAGGCCAAGACAUUUGCACUCAAAUCCAAACGUAUUAGAGAGAUGUACACUACUUAUUAUUUCAACAGUCUUUCUUUUAAUUAUUGUUCCAUUUCAUGUGUUAGAAAUAAGUUUUUUUUUUGCUAAAGUUUCUUUUUAACAACAUUUGCAGUGCAUGGUCAUGAUAAAGUUGAUACACUCCUCGUUAGGAGGGUACAAUACGCUACAAGAAAAUAGAGACUUUAGAUAGAAAUUGAGAAAUCACAAUUUGCUUUUAAGCCACUACUUCUGUUACAACCUUUAUAUUACUCUGCUAGUGGUCACUUUUGGUUCUGCAACAAAGACAAUUCUCUGCAGCACUGACUGUUGACACUUUCAAACAUAAACACUUUCAAGCAUUUGUAAAAGGUUAAAAAUGUGUGUUUAAGCCAGAAAUAUGAGUUAAACUAAUAGUUAAAAAGUUAAGGGAUAAGAAGCAGGAGAUCGCAGCAGACGGACGCCCGUCCCUGAGCCUGGUUCUGCUGGAGGUUUCUUCCUGUUAAAAGGGAGUUUUUCCUUCCCACUGUUGCCAA